AUGACAGUCUUACCAUUUCUUGACAUUAAAGCUACACCAGUACGUUCACUCGAAUCACCACGAUUGUCACGAACAAAAUCAUUUCAUAAUGGAUCUGAACUAAAUGGACAACAACAACAACAACAACCAUCCUUAUCAAGACGCUAUUCACGUAAAUUAUCUUCAUCAUCACCAAUACGUAGUACAGUUCCAUCGGCACACAUACGUACACCAAAAAUAAAUAUUGUUGCUCGAUCAGAUGAAAUUUUAAAACAAUUACCACAUCCAAAAACAGCUAAUGUACAAACAUUGAAUUCAAUUUGGAAACCAUUAGUUCGUGAACAACCUGAUUAUGAUUAUCUAUGGGAGCCUGUACAACGUGAAGAUAUACGUCAUCAAUAUGACUUUUAUCUAGCACCGCGACGUAUAAUUGCUAGUCGACCUGAUGAGCCAUCGAAAAUGACAACAAUGUUUGAAACUCAAGAUAGACAUUAUCAUAAUUAUAAGCGAGUACAAGCUAUGCAACAACGACAAUGGAAUCAACAACAUAUGCAAUAUACUAUUUACCCAUAUUCAUAUACAGAAGAACGUGAAAUGUACAAUAAACAAAUUCGAUCAACACUCAAAGAACAAAUGGAACAAAAAGUUCAAGCAGACAAACUUGAAUUGGAAAUGAAAAAUCGUGCAACUGAAGUCGUUAUUGAACAAGAUCGACAACAUGUAGAACAAGAAAAACAGCGACAAAUUGAACGAGCUAAAUUUCUACUACAAUUUACUGCUAAAAAUAAAGAAUUAAUGGAAAAUAAAUGGGAAUAUAAUCAAUGGAAUCGUGUGCACCAAUGGCAUGUGGAACGAGCUGUUUUAGCCGAUACUCCGAUCAAUUGGAACUCAUCAAAUAGAUGCAACUUUUUGAAAAAUCUUAAUCCAAUUAAAAUACCACCAUUGUUUACGAGUGCAAAAGCACCUCUCUACACUCGUUAUACACCUAAAGAUUGGUCGAAUUUUGAAUGUAAUCAAUUUAUAGCCGCUAAUGGAAUUUUAAAUGAUACUAAAAAACUACAUCAAGAAAGUGAAUAUUUAGCUCGUGAGAUUGAUGAACAAGUAUGUAAAAAUCAAUGGAAAUCAACGAAUGAAAUUGCAAUUAUCAAACAAGAAAUCUGUUUUUGGAAAAAUGAAAUUAAAAAUUUACGUCAAAAAUUACAUAACACUAUUAACGAACUUGAAUUAAAACGACAACAAAUAGAACAUUUUCUCAAUCGUAUAAAACUAGGACUUAAAAUAGUUCAAGAAAAUUUAUAUGAACGUGAAAAACGUCAAAUUAUUGAUCUUAUUCAUGAUAAUGUAAAUCGUGAAUUAAUAAAAUUAAUCGAUAUUUUUAUUGAUGCAAAAAACUCUAUUGACAAUGGUAUAGUUGAAAAAAUAAAUAAAAAAAUUUAUUUACAUCGAGAAAGAUCAUGUCAACUUGAAAUCGAAGCAAAUGAAAAAUUUUAUUCUCUAAUAUUAGAAAAUGCUGCACUUUAUUUAACUAAUUCUUUACCAAGUUUUAAUAAUUGUAAAAACAGUGCAUCAGGUUAG